GUGCCGCUAUAUUGCGCGAGCACGCAUACUUUCAGUGAGAGGCAGAUCGAGAGGGCUAUCUUACCCCGGCCCGUGCCAUUUGUUGGUCCAUGACACUGGACUGUCAACGGCUGAAGAGUGGGGCGACUCAAAACGGCGCUGCGGCACCGUGUACUUCCAUCGCCUCAUCAGUGAUCAUCUGUUAAAGAAGUUCGGUGCAGGUUUGGUUUAGGAGCACAACCUUCCACUAAUGGACUCACGACUCUCUAUCAGUCAACUGGUGGGACUCUUAACAUCACAGGGACUGCGUAACAAGUCCACGCACUUGCGGCACAGACGCCAACAGCUCUCCAUCCCUAAUAUUUAAUAUUUACUGAUCCGCAACGCUGGUCAUUAUUCCUGAAGCCGAGGCUAAUUUGACUGUGUGCACGCGGGGGGUUUUCUGACGGAGCUAGCCCCCGUAAGGCCCCCGUUGAUAGAUUGGACUCGAGGAGGUAAGAAUCAACGCCAGACACCUGCUGCAAUCACCGGCGAAGGAGAGAGAGCGCAAUACUGGGCACGCACGACAUCCAAUAGGCACACGACAUCAUCAUCAUCAUCGUCUUCAUCAGUAACAGCAGGAACAGACGCGGAAUCAGUCAGUUUGACACGAGUGGAGACGAGUAACACACUGAGAAGUCAGUGCAUACACACACUUCUUAGCAUAGCGCAAAGCAUCUUGAAGACACCUCCUCUCCAUCUUAGUUCCUUCCCGCGCAUCGACAACACUCAAGGAGAACAUCUCAGCCAGCCUAGCCUACAAAUCGCCAUCAUCAUGCCUCGCUCAUUUCUGGUCAAGAAAACCAGACACACGUCGGCCGUGUUUCCCCGGGACAUUUCCAUCGAGGCCACAACGCCGAUCUCCCCGGGAUGCACCAUCAACGGAGUCAGCGUGAGACUUAAUAAUGGUUACAUCCAUGACAUCAUUCCCUCCCCAACUGCGUCUCCUCCAGAGACGCCCACACGAACAACCGUCCUGGAUGUCGAGUCCUCGUCCAUCUGCGAAUCGGCGUCCGUUUGCGAAUCGUCCUCCCUGUGCGACUCUCCCAUGUCCGUAGACCUGAUGGAGCAGGGUGAUGAGUCCCACGACACUCAACACCACCAGCAGCCUAGCCGGUUCAUGAGUCCGCCCACCAGUCCCAAUCAGGUGUUCCUCUCCUACGACGCGUUUCUCAUAACAGAUGGCCGGUCGAGGCGGCGGAACGGGGCCGGGGAGGGCGCGGCGGCGGCGGUCGGCACCAUCGACCCCAACCGGCCCAAGUAUCGCUGCAACGAGUGCGGUAAGGAGUACGCCACGUCCAGCAAUCUGUCUCGGCACAAGCAGACCCACCGAAGCCUGGAGAGUCACUUCGCAAAAAAGUGUGACAUCUGCAACAAGGUGUACGUCAGUAUGCCGGCCCUGGCUAUGCACGUGCUCACCCACAACCUCAAACACAAGUGCACCGUGUGCAACAAAUCCUUCAGUCGUCCCUGGUUGCUGCAGGGACAUAUGCGCUCCCACACUGGUGAGAAGCCCUUCGGGUGUGCGCAUUGCGGUAAGGCCUUCGCCGAUAGAUCCAACCUCAGGGCACACAUGCAGACUCACUCGGCGUUCAAGAACUACAGAUGCAAACGGUGCGACAAAACCUUUGCUCUCAAGUCUUAUCUGAACAAGCACUACGAGUCUGCUUGCUUCAAAUCCGAUGAGAUUGGGCUGCUACAGGCGCUGGACGACUCCGAAGAUUUUCCCAAGAGCCCAGACAGCUCAGCAUAGGUGAAACCAAAACAAUUCACGACAUCUUCGAUUUGAUUAAAGAUCCCUCUUCGAAAAACAAAAUGGCGCCACUGCGUCCGUCACGACAGCUCCAAGCUCAGACAGUACUCAUGGACCCCAGUGGCAGCCCACUUCUACUUAAUUGACUUAAUCUUGCUACAAACAGGUAGUCUUUAACUCUCCCGUUUUUACCAUUUUUUAAAACACCUGCAUGCACCAUAUAGUUUUCCAGUUAUCGAAUGAGUAUUUUUCCUAAAAAAAAUUUAAUCUGUAUACAAUAGUGGGAAUGUGGAUUGGUAGAAGUCUUCCAUGAAUGUAUUCACAAUUUUUGAAUCACGCUGUAUUGAAAGCAAUGUCGUAAAUUUAGUUGAGCAACCACGUGAGUCAUAAUUUUAUGAUGAUUAUUUUUGUCGUAGAUUGAAAUGGUGUUCAUUUUGGGUUUUUUCUUUGUUGGUCAUCAUUCGGUCGAGCCAUGCAGAAAUAAUCGAAGACAAUUAGACGAUCGCGUUGGUUGGAGGGACGUCGGUUUCGGGAAAUGGAAUAGCCAAGCCUGGUCGCUUGAUUGACCCGGCAAAUUUUACCUUCACGACCCAUUGGCAAGCUAAAUCUCAGUACCAUGAUUGAAAGGCACUCGAUCGAAAGGGUCUGAAGUGGUCUCGAAAGAAUGACAUUUUUGUUUAAUUGGGAAAGGAUUCCAGCAAAUCUGUAUUAAAAUUUGAAAUUGGGACGUUUGCUAUGUUUUUUUGAAGUAAGAUCAAAAUUUUGAUGAAUCCAAACUGGUGAAUGUCACCGCAUUUAUCAUUUUGGAUACUAGAACUGGUUUAAUCGCAUGAGUUCUUGCACGUCUCACAUUGAGAUACCGAUCAUCAAAAACACUCUUACCACAUUGACCAAUUGCGAAUUUCUACCUGAGUAGAAACUGAUUUUUCGGAUCUUAUUUGUUAUGCGCAAGCCUGUCACAUUCAAAUUUUUGAACCGACAUCAACUUGCAUAGGAUUAACUGGGGGAAAUGCACAGCAACUUGCCUUGGCUGAGAUGCCAGAUGGGCAGAUAAUAACCACCGCACUAAAACACACAGGGAAACCUGAUGAAGUUGAAUUUAUGUCAGGUAUGGUGACUGUGUAUUAUUGAUUGUGAAGCAACAUUAGCCAUGCGCGGGAAAAACAAGCUUUGAAAUAAUGAUCUAUUUUCAGUGAUACACAUUUAUAUUGUUUAUGCUUCAGCAGUUUCAUAUUUUGCAAUGAUUUGGAGAUUACUCAUGGUUCCGAAGCGAUUUACAAAUGUUAUCCUGCAUUGCAUUCAAACCAGAAAACUGGGCAUUAUUGUAGCUUUGAAAAGCUAAAGGAGUACUAUUAUUGUUGUCAAGCAUUGCAUGCAACUGCUUGUUGCACAUCAAUAUAAUUGUGAUUUCAUCUUCAAUAUGGAGAAAAGAGUCUCAUUAGAACAGAGAACAAUGAAUUGAAAAGUACGAGCACUCUCUCUGUGGUUUCCAACAAAGUGUUUUGGCAAUGUCUCCUUCAUGCUCGUGGCCCAAUUUCAUGGCGGUGCUAGCAGAAGAUAUUGCUCAGAAGAUUAUUUGGGAAAUGAUUUUUUUUAAGGCAAAACCAUUACUAAUCCCAUGGCAUUUUAGUUGGUAGACUGAUAUUACUUAUAUGCAAAAAAAAACAUUCUGUGCUUACCAAUUUUUGCUGCUUAUCAGCGCCAUGAAAAUGGAUCCUUGUUAAAACAUUUCAUUUUUGGUUUUUUUUAUUUGAGAGCCUUUUACUUAUUUCUUAACAUUAACAUGUUAAACAGAAUACCGGCUCUUCAUUACCUGACACUACUCAAAAUUAACAACUUUAUUCCUUGAAGAAUACUAUUUGCUAGCGUAUGAUUUAGUUUACUUAACGAGCAAGGUUGUCCUGUGUCAAGUUGUUGACAAUCAACGAUCUUUGCCGUGAUAAUAACCGUGAUCGCGUACAAGAACAUCUGUUUAAUCAUUGUCAAUAUGCACAGACAGCGGGAACCAGUGGUCGCAGACAAACACAAAAUGGUCACGCAGUUCUAUUUAUUUACAAUCUCUGACGCGCAUAUACUACAGCAAAUCCUGGCACUCACAAGCAACGAGUAUCACUUAUCAAGGAUGCGAAGCCUCUACAAUCUCCGGGUAUUAUUAGCCCUCCUCCAACAUCCACAAUCCCGCCGGGACAUGAGGAGGGUAAUUAACUAAUAUUUAAAGGGGGUGAGAGGAGCGAUAGGCUAGUACGGGAUUCGCUGGCGGUUCGAGCCGGGGCCUAUCGUCGCUGGGGGAUUCGUAGCGACGUCAAAAAGUGAAAACUAUCCAGCCAUAUUACCCGCACGGCUCAGAGGACCGUGUGAUUUAAAGGCCCUUUUGGUUUGGCGUAUACUUUUACACGAAUCGGAAAUGGAAAAAGAUUUUCACGAUCUUUGUUACGAUCACAUAAAGCUUUUUGAAUUUUGAAGCAGUGAGAUAGUGUUCCUAUCGUGUCGUCACGACGACUUCAUAUAUGCGAUUAGCAAUUCGAGAGCCACUAAUUAUGUUCGUUACCAAAGCUCGGUGUUGAAUCAUGCAUAAUAGGUCAUUAAAAACAAUUGUCUGUCCGAGCCUUUGAAUGGUCUUGCAGUUGAUGUAACUGUUUUGCUUUCUGUGUUGCUUACAAAGAUUGUAAGAUACUAAUGAUGUCAGUGAAAUUUAGUAUAAUGCUGCACUGUCACAUAUCAAGAUGCAUGUAGCUAAAACAAACACUAUUAUAUUAGCAAAGAUGUAGCGUUUGCUUUACUAAUCUCUCGCACUGUUGUUUGAAGAUCCUUAUUUUAAACAUGUGUGUAUUUGUCUCCAUUCAAUACUUUACUGGUUGGGAAAAGUCACAUGUCACCUAAUAAUAAAAAAAGGAUCUCAUUGUUACAUUUGACCUCAUAUUAUACAUAAUUCAACAGCAUAUUGCUUGCACGCCUAUGCGCAGUGCUAUGCCAAAGCCUACUUUAACACAUCCCGUUUUCUACUUCAAAUUCAAACACUAGAUUUCUUCUUUGUUUCAAUCUGAUUGCUCAAUUUCCCCCGUCCUCCACAAUAUCAGAAUAAGCUUUUAAGAGACCCGAGGUUGUAUGAUUUCACAUUCUAAUCACAAGCAAUCUAUACGCAGCACUCCACUGCACAGGUAAAAAAAAAUCACUCGGUCCAUGUUGCGGCUCAAUUAUGAAUGGACGACGAGGCCAAAUAUAGAUAUGUUAAUGAAUUAUUCAACAUCUGCGAACGCACGUAAUACUUCUCGAUUACUAUGGCGUAUGUCAACAAGCAGACCGCUCAUCGUGGGGCUCAAAGCGCCCUGUGUUUAUUUGUGAUUCCAAGUCGCAGAUUUUUUUUUUUUUUUUGAGAUGUACGUUAUUAUGGGACCUCUUAAGAGUUUAGACAAUGGCAAAUUAAUCACACUUCAGAUUUCAUUCAUAGUCGCUAGUUGUGUUUUUUUUUCUGGAAUUGUUUGCGGGCAAAUCCACACAGGUUUUAAAAUAUAUAGUAGAAUAUUCUGAAAUCUUUGAAGGAAUUGCUGCUUUGUAAAUGUCAAUGCAUGUCACUUAUCCUGUGGACUGGUAUUUUAUGAUUUCUUUGCUCUUUCUUUUUCUGAGAAACAGAAUGUGCAGUCAACACAAUAAUUUCUUUGUUUUUCUUUAGUGUGACACAAAUUCGACAGAAUGUGCAAUUUUGAACAAAGGAAACCACACAUAUACAUAUUUUCUUGGCCGAGAAACCUAUUUCUAAUUUUGAAUUUGAAAGUACUUAAACAGACAAGCGCGUGUUUCACUGGGAGGUCUUCAGUUUCGUCGGCACAUAACAUUUUAUGGCGCGUAAAGAAAAAAAUCCCGCCAUUUGUCGGCGCGCGCUAAGUCGUUAUACAUUAGCUAAUUGGAAUUCAGGGCUAGCUUGUUUAGCCAUCGAACACCGACCAAUAGGCUGCCUUUCUUUGAGAUUUAAUCAGUCGUAUAUAUUUAAUCGCUUGAACUGUUGACUUCCUUGCUGCAAAGUGUGUUUUUACAAUUACAGAUGUGACGCUCGCCGUUGUGUUAGCUGCUUUUUGUUUCCGUUUGUUUCACAGACAAAAAACGAUCGUGUGAAUUUGUAUUAUCAAGGCAGUCUUUGAAAAGAGAGAGAGAGAUUUUGGUAGAAAUAUAUCCAAAAUGGUUAUUAAAUGACAUGUUUAUUUUGUGCAUUUCAGUUUGGCUAAAUUAUUACCAUUCCAAGCUGGAUAUUUGUGUGCAUACAAUUAUACAAUCACUGCGCCAAGUUGUUGUAUUUAUCUACGGAGGUCCCAGUCGACUGAAAUGAAUGCAAAAUUAGACGUCUAAAUAUUUGAUUUGAACCUCGGUUUUUCUCACACAUUGAAAAUCAGAAUGGUUAGACACGAAUGAUAAACAGCCUGGGGGCAUGAACGCGUUGUGGGGCGCUUGGAGGACGGAGGUCGUUAUGCACUAGACGGACUCUUUGCAAUCCCAGGCUAGCCACAAACGUGCUUAAUAUGUCACUCAUAAUACUACGCGCAUCAGUCACGUAUAUAUACGCGCGCUUGGCUGCACUGAUGGACCAAUCGGCGGGGCGGAUACAUAAUACGCGUGGGGUCAAAGGUCACAGACGACCCGAAAAGUAGUUCCGGUGCAUUCCGGGUAAAGGCAUUGGUAAAAUGCUCACUUUUUUGCCAUAUUGAAUGAUAUUUUCGGCAAUUUUAUACAAUUCUUUUAAACAUUAUUGAAACAAACGUGCAAUAUCAUAAUUAAAGAAUCGAAUCUAUUUAACGUGCAAUUUCAGUUGGUCCUUUUCAUUUGACUGAAUGAUGAGUUUGAAGAAGACCAACAAUUGUUUUCUAAUGAUCUUUAUCAUUCCAGAUAUCUUUUUGUUGAAAAAAUCUCUUGACUUAAAGAAAUAAACCUGCAAUAAAGCGUGUACAAAAUAUCUUACAAAAAAAUAUAUAACUGUAUAUAUAUUUCAGAUACUAUACGGACCAUGGUUUUUAUAAUCAACCGAUCGUGUACAUACUUGUUUUUAUCUGCUGUAAAUUAGUGUUUGCAUUUAUACACUGUAUACUUACAUUGUUGUUUCGAAACGGUUGACCAAAAGAUUCACAUUAUGCACAUAAUUAGCUGUAAACUAUAUUGUUUUAGUCGACCAAAUUUUAUGAUUUCACUGUGACCAAAGUAGCCGCAACAUACACAAUCAUUUUCACCUGUCGUUUUUCAUUUGUGCAAUAUCAAUUAAAAUGUUGGUGCGAAAAUUGCUCCUACCAUGCCCUCACCUGUUACUUGCAUUAAUUAAAUGAACAUAAAUUUUCCUUCAAAUUGGAAUUGAAAAGCGCAGGUACAAAUUGAUGUGUUCCAUCUAAUUAAAUAUUUACUCUGUUUUGUUUCUUUUGAUUACACCAACAGAUACUAUAGAAUAUAAUAUAUUGUUCAGUAUACUUGAAAUCGAGGACCUAUCUGUUACCAAUUAAACAUGUUUUUGCUUAACUUACAUAAUAAUAUAUUGAUUGAUUGUUGUGAGUUUCUUUGCCACUUCCAUUGGACACUUUAUACACUUCUAUAGAAUAAAAUUAAAAUGUU